AUGUCUGAAGAAGGAAGAACCAACCCGGUCACCGCUGCAGAGGCCUCCGCCGCCGCUUCUCAGUCACAAGCAGAGGAGCCUGUCGAAUCGAUCGAAGGCGACGACGACGACGAGAAGGAUGGCCCAGUAGUAUCCCAGAACAAGGCCAGUGGAGUCACUGAAGACCAGUGGAGGUCGAUGAUGGACGUUGUCAUUGCGAUUUACGAUUAUCGGGAAGAAGAUGGCCAUGAUCCUUCCAGAUUGUUCCAGCGUAGCGUUAAUAAACGACAUGUCCCCGACUACUACGAUAUAAUCAAGGAGCCAAUGGCGUUGAGUAUCCUCAAACAAAAAAUAAACAAACGCGAGUACCUCAGUUUCGAAGAUUUUGUCCGCGACUGCGCGUUGAUCACACACAAUGCGCAAACAUACAACCGACCGGAAUCACAAGCCUACAACGACGCGCUUGUCAUCAAGGACGUGUUUGUCUCCGAAUUCGCCAAACUCGUUGAUACCGGCGUCAUCACAGCGAAGAUGGCGGAGCUGCCAGACCUAGGCGAAAUCCCAGAAGCCGACCCCUUGCCUCUGGAAGAUGAAGAUGACGACGAGGACGAAGACGACGAGGAUGACGAAGAUAUGGAUGAUUCCGAUGACGGGGCCCGGCGACGGCGCAGACGAGGUCCACGAUCAGGCAGAAAAGACGAUUUACAAGGUCCAAACGACCCAGAAUUCCGGAAAAAGAGAGGUCGGCCGCCUCGGGUUGACACGCCAAUGGAGGCUCGCAUCAAAGCUGUCUUGAAGGGCAUCCGCAAAUUCAAAGACCCAAGCGGCCAGCUCAAGGUUCUCCACUUCGAAAGACUCCCGGACAAGGCCAUGUACCCGGACUACUUUAUGGAGAUCAGGGAGCCAAUGGCCAUCGACCUCAUCAAGCGGAAAUUCAAGCGCAAGAAGUACCAAUCGGUAGACCAUUUCAUGCGCGAUCUCGAUCUGAUGUUCAACAACGCCAAGUCAUACAACCAGCCGAACAGCCAGCUAUUCAAGGACGCCGAAGACCUCCAAAUCGAAGCGCACAAACUCGCUGAGCAAGAGAAAAAGAAGCCAGACAGCGAAUAUGUCAUGGAAGACGGGCGCUUGCCGCUACCCCAAGGAAUCCUGCACAACGGCGAGAUCUGGAAGGUCGGAGACUGGAUUCAUAUUCAGAAUGCCAACGACGUUACGAAGCCCAUUGUCGCUCAGAUAUACCGGACCUGGCAGGACGCUGAAGGGGAAAAGUGGGUGAACGCCUGCUGGUACUACCGGCCAGAACAAACCAUCCACCACUAUGAAAAGCACUUUUUCCCCAACGAAGUCGUCAAGACCGGCCAGUAUCGAGACCACCGCAUUGACGAGGUCGUUGACCGGUGUUUCGUCAUGUUCUUCACUCGGUACAACCGGGGACGACCUCGCGGAUUCCCGCCAGACAAGGAAGUGUACGUCUGCGAGGCGCGGUACAACGAAGAAAAACACAAGCUCAACAAGAUCAAGACGUGGGCCAGCUGCCUCCCGGACGAGGUGCGCGAAAAGGACUACGAAAUGGACCUGUUUGACGCGCCACGGCGCAUUCGCAAGAUACCGAGCCCGAUCAAGCACCUGCUGCCUGAGGGCGCCAAAGAGACGGACGACCUACCCAAGGUGACUUGGGGAGCCGAGAAGGCGCCGCCGCUGGUGGGCGCCGUGCACUGCCGUCCGCGCGACGAGAACGAAUCACCUCCCCCCGAGCCCACUCCAUCGCCGCCUCCUCCCAGCAUGCAUCCACCUGUUGUACUGCCUCAGCAGCCCACCAUGCCACGUCCCCCAACGCGUCCGGGCAGCGAAGUCCUGGGCGACGCUGGCUUGGGAGCACACAUGCCUAUAGCGCCAGUGCGGUCUCCAGCAGUUGGGACUCCUGUUCCAGCAGUGCCAAACAUGGCCAGCGCGGUUCCUCCGCAGCAAUAUCAAUCCCCGGCCGCACCCAGCCCAGUGCCUGUCUACCAGGCCCUCCAGGCACGACCAGGGACAUAUUCAACGCCUGUUGCAGGGCCACCGCCCAGCGCCUACCAGCCAACACCAGCAGGUCAAACAAACCCGUAUGCUUCAGCACAGCAAUCAGCAUACGCGAGCAGCAAUCGCCCUCCUGUGGCUGCUGCACCGGCAUAUAACCCCAACGCUCCACGGCCCGUAGAGGUGUUCCACCUGAGCGACAUUGCCAACGCCGCAAUCCCAGCAGAUAUCCGACAGCAGUUCCACAGCGAUGACCGCGGCCAUGUGCUUUUCUUCUCCACUCCGCCGCUGGAUAUUGUCCCUGACACGAACCCUAAACUGAGCCAUUCACUGAAAUACCUCGCCGCCAAGGCAGCCAAGGAAAAGAAGCGGAAGCUUAGGGAAGAAGAACAAGCAGCAACGUCUACAAACGACGGCGAUUAUUCACAAAAAGCAAAACGCCCGCGCACAUCAAAAGACGAACAUCAACAACAUCAACAACCACUCUCCUCCCGACUCGAAACCCUCAGCCACAAAGCGGCUGCCCUCCUAGCCAAGCAAAUCUCUUCCGGCACAGAUUACUUAUACAAAACCCUGUACGGAGAAGGAGGAGAAGAGCACAGAGCAGAAAAAGUCAAACAGGCCGACUGUGAGCAACACGAGCGAAACGCACAGGUUGAGCGGCACGCGCGCAGUUUCAUUACGCAUAUUAAUGCGCAGUCUGUUGAUGAUUUGGCGCCGAGGAAUGCGGAUCUUAAGCGCGCUGGGGUUUAUCUGGAGGAUGUUAAUUAG